UUUAGCAUUUAUUUCCAGGUAUAUGAAGCAGAAGACAAGACUGCGAUGAAAAGCAAGCCCUUAAACAGCUUAAGUGUUUUGUGCACCUAUUCGCCCGAUUUGAUUUCCACCUAAAAAGAAAGCGUUUGUGCCUUCGUUUUACUGGAGCUUUGGAGAUUCCAAUUAAGACGGAAUCAGCACGCACGGGCAGGUGUAGCGUUUGCCAUUUGCCGAGACUGAUUUCAACUUGGCAGGUUCCCGCGAUUUUUCCUUCGUUAAUAUCGAAAUUACGACCAUACUGAAGAAUUCUUGUAAAAAAAAAAAAAAAGCUUUCAACAGGAAAUUUAACGAACACCUUGAAGACGCAAGAAGAGCGAGAGGGAAGAGGCUGCAUUUGCGCUACAACCUAAGAGAGGCUGCUGCUUAGUGAAUAGCCGGCGCAUCAGAGCGGCGCUUGAGUCGCCCACAGCCGGUUGCUUUUCACCCUUCUUCCCCCACUUCCCCUUUUUCGCGCGCGUUUCCUCCGUUACCCUCCCACACGGCACGCGUGCUCUCUCCGCGUGGAUGGGGGAAGAGCGGGGACAGCCGGUGUUUGGGGCGCGUAGUCGGAGCCACGGGUUGGACGAGGCGCCCGCGCGCGGCGCCCCAACGGGAAAGUAGUGCCCCCCUCGACUCGGUCGCGCGCGCACACGGCAAGUGCUCCGGCGCGGCGGCUGAUAUGAUCUCGGCGUCCGUGGCUCUCGGCCGAAGGAUGUGCUCUCUGCUGCUCGCUGUCGGAUGCGCCACGACUAGCGCCUGGUUCGCUGAGGCAGUUGACCACAUCGACAAAGGAUACCCAGCCCCAGGACUCUUCGAUGAUGUCGAUCUUCAAAUAUUGGACAACAUCUUAUGGAGCUACGACCGACGCAUCACCCCUGGUCACCAUUUAAACGUUCCUACAGUUGUAAAGUGCGAGAUAUAUCUGAGGAGUUUUGGAGCUGUGAACCCCGCAACAAUGGACUACGACGUCGACCUGUACCUGCGUCAGACGUGGACGGACUUGCGGAUGAAGAACGCCAACCUGACCCGGUCCCUAGACUUAAAUGACCCUAACCUCCUCAAGAAAGUGUGGAAACCUGACGUCUACUUUCCCAAUGCCAAGCACGGGGAGUUCCAGUUCGUCACUGUUCCCAACGUUCUCUUGAGGAUAUACCCUACCGGCGAUAUACUCUACAUGUUAAGAAACAGCCACGGUCUUUCGGCGAACUGCCUUAAAGCUGCACUAAGGCUAAAGCUGACUUUCUCCUGCAUGAUGAACAUGGAGCGGUACCCCCUGGACCGACAGGUCUGCAGCAUCGAGCUUGCCUCGUUUUCCAAGACGACAAAGGAGGUUGAGCUCCAAUGGGGAAACGCUGAGGCUGUCACCAUGUACAGUGGUCUGAAGAUGGCACAAUUCGAACUUCAACAAAUCAGCCUGACGAAGUGCAGCGGUGCCUUUCAGAUAGGCGAGUACAGCUGCCUGCGCGCGGAGCUCAACUUGAAGCGUUCCAUUGGCCACCACCUGGUGCAGUCCUACCUGCCGUCCACACUCAUCGUGGUCGUGUCGUGGGUGUCCUUCUGGCUCGAUGUGGAUGCCAUACCGGCGCGCAUCACGCUGGGUGUCACCACGCUGCUCACCAUUUCGUCGGAGAGCUCCGACCACCAGGCCAACCUGGCGCCGGUGUCGUACGUGAAAGCGCUCGACGUGUGGAUGGGCACGUGCACCAUGUUCGUGUUUGCCGCGGUGCUCGAGUUCACUUUCGUCUCCUACCUCGCUCGCAGAAAGCAGAUCGUGCCCGCUUCUAUCGCGGACGUCGAAGCUUCCCAAGAUCUCGUUCUUGUCGUGGGAAACAAGGACAAAAAUCGACCCCCGUCACCGUCCAUCCCGACGUCCACCCACGUGGUCUUGGCUUACAGACACCGUGCCAAGCAGAUCGACCAAGUGAGCCGGGUCGCUUUCCCAAUCGGUUUUGUUCUCUUCAACGCACUCUACUGGCCCUAUUACUUGCUCUAGUUGGCCAUGGUCUCAGUGCCUACAGCUGCUGCUCCCAACGUGCAGCCAUACGCCGGGAAACGGGUGGCUGCGUACCCCAGGGAAACGGUCGGCCGCUGGAUUGAAAAGGACUGCCAUCACCGACGCACGCUCUGGUGGAAGAGAAAGCUACACUCUUUGCUCUGCCGCAUUCAUUCUUUGCUUACCAUGAUCGUGUUUGUUUCUUGUCUUUUCUUUUGUGUGUGUGUAGCCGUCGGCGCUGUCUUCAGGGCAUUCCGCUCUCAAGCGGGUGCUGACGCAUUGACCAUCGCUUCAGACUUCCUCGUUGUACGGAUGUUGCCAUCAUAAUUCCAAAGAGCAUCAUGGUCAAAACUGCCCAUACGCACACUUGUAAAUAAGAACUGAUUCACACAUCAGAAACAUGGUUGUACUUAGGCGUGCCCAAAAAUAUUUUUGCUCUUUUUUGAAUAAAAUGAAAUAAAUAAAAAAAUAACAUAAAUGUACUAAAGCCAACUUAGCUUUCACCACAAUAAACUAGAAAGCUCAGCGUGUUUGUCUUUAUUCGCUGCUACACUAACUUCGAGACCAACGGAUAAGAAAAUUAAGAACGGAUUAAGAGAGCGGUACCUUUAUUACAUCUCUUUAGAAGUUAGCAGCGAUGAAUUUGUGGCUCUUUUCUCUAAGGCAUUCAAUAACUUAUAAGGCGUCGGGUAUUUCAGUUACUCAAUUAUUCAAUGAAACAAUGUAUCCCACAGGAGCUAAUGACGAGUACUGACCAGUCGAGAUGCGUUGUUUUCGCGACAGUUCUCAUUCAGGGUUCUUUCCGACCGAAGACUGAUUACGUGCUGCCAGACUGAUUCGUUCUUGGCGAUUUGGUCGAAACGUUUGCGCUCCCUCAUCCAGCGUCCGGCGUCAGCAAUAUUAGCCGGUAAUCCCGACACAUUACUGAAGCACUCUCCAAAAGGCAAUGAACAUUCGCUUUAUUGCCGACAGCUGCUCAGGCACUUCAUCACUGCGGCAGGGUUUCUAGGUACAUUGAUUAUUGCUUAUCCAAACUACAUAACUAUAUUGACUAGACGACUAAGCUGCACAUUCAUCGCCUAUUGACUUUUCGUUUUCAUUUCCGUAUCGCCACGUAAUCAUGCGUCUGCAUACUUUGCAGUAAAUUACUGUUCAGACUGAUGCGCAAUGGCCUUGCCCAGAGUAGGGCGUAUUCCAUUACCAUUUUUGCUGGAGAUCACAUCCUUAUAUUAUCUGUCAGAAAUAUGUAGGAAGAGAGCAGUGGCUGCAUUGCUCAGACUGUAAUGUUUAGAUGUGACUGGAAACUUUGUAUAUAGGAUGUUCCUUCGUGGCACCACAAAAUGUUCACUUCUACACUUCCACGCGAGGUCGCUGACGUUCACAACAUCAAAGCCUACUCUUCAUCUUUGGGAUACAGUUUCAUGAGACAUUUCAAAUGGCCACCUCUCAGUAAAUGUUGCAGUUCACCAUUUUUUUUUAGUCAUUUAUGCACGGGUGAAAAUUUCGUCGCAGUAAUAUUCCACUUAUUUUGAUGCUUUUUGCGUGAUAGAUGAGGUGGCAGAUGAAUUGUUACUGACAAAUUGAAAACUAAUCCUAGAUAUCCUUUAGAGCACUGACUUUGGAUUCUGGACUUGUACUAGACGGAAAUACCCGCAAAUGCUUGUCAACUGCCCGAUCACAAUAUUUUAUACUAUACAUUAUUUUGCCAAUGAGGCACAACAAGAAAAGCGCAUUACCUAUCCGAUAUCGUCCAAACCUGGACGAGUGCGAGCUUUAAUCUUUGAAGCUUCAGUCUUCAAACCUUUCGAACUGCAUAAACUAUCUUCUUAGGCAGCUCAAAAGUCAGCAGCCUGUUCUUUUGUGUCAGCAAACAGGAUUUGCAUAGAAUGGCUUCACUAGUGUGCUCAAUUGCAACACAAUGAAGACCGAGAGGCUCUUUAUUAGAAAAAUGGAUUUUUGCCGGCGCAUAUACAACCGCUGACAUGCUAGUCUCUAUAGGAAUGUAGUAUGGGAUUAAAAGAUCCCAGAUCACCAUGAAAAGCGGAAUGCUAGUCCUAAAACUAGCCAGUUACAAGCAGCUCUUUGCCCUUUUUUUUUUGCAGUAGUCUCCAGAAGCAAACUAUGUUGUCAUUGAGGAAGCCUUAAUGAUAAGCUUAGCAGGCAACAGCUAUAUGCGUUGGGAUUUAUGUCGCCAUGACUGUCGUUUCUCUUCAAGGAGACGCAGCUGUUUUGAGAUAAAUUUGCAAUUUUCAUGACGCUAAACAACAAUGCUUUUCGCAUGAUUGAAGUCACUUAAGGGGGUUGAGACAAUAAACCUGAGCUGCGUUUACUCAAAAUAAUGCGCAUUUAUUUCGAAGUACGUAGCUCUGCUCCGCACUGCUCCAAAAAUCUUGAGGAAUAUUCAUAGCCCUUAUAAUCGCAACCGCCAGCAGCUUUUCAUUUGGCAAGAAGGCACAAUGAAAUGGAGGUUUUUACUGAGGGCAAUGUGCAUCUAUAAAUGACAAUGAGUGGUUUCUUCCCACCGCCUGAGAGAUUAAAGGAAACAAUUUAUGGAAAGAUGCUAGACAUACAUAGCGCAUUUAUUUCUUUGGGCAUAAUAUGCAUGUUUCAUCGAAUUGCUCCUCUACUACAGGCGACAGAAUAUUCGAAUUUAUUCGACAAUAUAUUCGACUUAACGACAAUGCACAACUUUAGCUUUGUCGUUAUCGAAAGUGAGCUUGGCUGGGAAUUCAGUUACCGCAGCUUUUAAGAAUUUUUUUAAUGCUUAGUGCUCAGUAUUUAUGGUUUUGUAUAGCACUGCUGGCGGGUAGAACAGCAACAAUUUACACACACAGGAAUUCUAGGCUUGCAGCCACUAAAGUUUACCACUUUAUUUUUUUAUCACGUUAUAUUGAUGCAACGCUUAUGAAAAAGAUCCGCUCGGUUAAAAAAUUAGUGCUUUCAUUUCUAUUCUAUCAAGCUCUUCUGUCGAACCUCAUCGCUACAGGUCAUAGUUUGCGAAUGCAAAGCAAGAAAUGUACACUGGUUUACUGAAACAUAUAACAAGGUUUCGUGUUGGCGAUGAAGUAUUAUAUGUAUACAUUUAGGGGUUGUUGAUAAUGACAAGUGCCCACUGACAAGUUGGUAGGAAACUUAAAUAUCUUCCCUAAGUCCCAGGAUCCAUAGCACAGCAGGAGUGUACUUCGCUUUCAGUAUGGUGCUGGGUGUGUUGAAGUCAUAUCAUUUAUGAGUGUGCUUUUAGUAUGACAACACCGCGUAAUAAAGAGAGGAGCAGAAGAAAGGAGAAAGGCAGGGAGGGUAAGUAAAGGAAAAGGUCCGGUUUGCUACCCUGCGCUGGGGAGAGAGGGGAGGGGAAGGUAAACUGACAGUAAAGUAGAGACAGAGUGAGAAAAAUGGAGCACAGACACACAAUCACAGUCGGUAACCAUCACCGCAUACUAUCAACCGUGUAAUAAAGUAUACUACGACUAGAAAGAAUCAUCUAGGAAGGCCAGGGUAGCGUGGUUAAUAAAUUCAUUUCUUUGAGUGUAUCGUUAUCGUUUAAUGAGAAUGGAUGCUUCUUUUACCGUGAGCAUUGUUCUUGUAAAUUUACACGGUAAUUCAUUGAUAAAAUGUUUUCUUGCAUUGUUAAUAUUUUCUUCUUUCUGCUACAUCAAAGGCGUGGUUUUCACGAUUGUGAUGCUCUCCAGAGCAUGUAAGACGCGGCUGGUGUAGAUAUAAAUUUUGUGUAAAUAGUUCAAGCUUAUAACUGUUUGAUUGUGGUCCGUGUGAAUUCACUGUUAUAUUUAGAAAUAUAACGCGAAAGAUCUAUUCUGCUAAGCCUACUCACAAAGCUGCGCUACUGACAAAUGUGCCUCUGAAAAAAAAAUAUAUAUACAUAUAACUUAUUCGUGAUCUUGCUCAUGCAUCAUGCGUACGUGUUUCCUUACCUACCAUAUCUGAGUAGAGCCAGGUUACGAGAAUAAAUUUAUAUAGUUAUUCACAAUCGUGGUUGUAUCUUGCAUUGAGACGUGCAACUAAUUAUUCAUUUCU